CACAAGCCACCAUCUUCCCCGAGCCUAACUAGGAUGGUCCGGGUCGAAGGGUAGUCGGGAUGCCGCAGUGGAGGAUGCAGACAGACUCAACACAAGCAAGGACAGCAUUCUCAUCCGCGGAGGCUUCCGGGCGCCACCCUUCACCCCGCGUAGGGGUGGAGCCACACGACCGCUGAAGGCGUGGCGUCCAGCCCGCGCGGGAAAACAGCCGGCGCCGCAUGCGCGCGCUCAGUCGGCGGCCGCGCGCAACACGCGUAGGGCGCGGAUGGCGGCGGUAGCGGCUGGAAGCGGGACACCCCGGGAGGAGGAGGGGCCCGGAGGGGAAGUAGCAGCCUCGCAACCCCAAGCCCCGACGAGUGGGCCCGGGGCUCGUCUCUCGAGGCUGCCUCUGGCGCGAGUGAAGGCCUUGGUGAAGGCGGACCCUGACGUGACGCUAGCAGGACAGGAAGCCAUCUUCGUUCUGGCGCGAGCCGCGGAACUGUUUGUGGAGACCAUUGCAAAAGAUGCCUACUGCUGUGCUCAACAAGGAAAGAGGAAAACCCUCCAGAGGAGAGAUUUGGAUAAUGCAAUAGAAGCUGUGGAUGAAUUUGCUUUUCUGGAAGGUACUUUGGAUUGAUUGUCGAGCUGGGAAGUUUUGUGAGUCUUGUCUGCGUUUUUCAGCUCAGCCCUCUGCAGACCUCAGCUUUGAAGAACAGAACGUAUAUCCUCUUCCUGUUUUAUCUUUACCUGAGUUGGAAUAAGCAGAGCUCUCAUCUGACAGCGUUUCUUUGCAAGGCCUUCCACUCAUGUCUGUCUUCCACUUCAGGCCUGGAUGCAGCUGUUGUGCUUGGGACAGAAAUUGUUCUGCAUAGGUGGCUUCAUGAAUGAUAAGGACCAGAAUAAAAGUCUCUGAUCAACUUUAUCCUAGUGUGUUUUACGAUCUUACCGUGCAGAUCUUCUCAGUUAUCUCUGCCAGCCUUCUAAAUCACCGUCCUUUCAUUAAUUUUGUUCUUUUUUCUGUCAUGUCACCAGAAUGUGGUUCCAGGAUUUAUGGAAUGAUUUUUUUUUUUUUUUAGAGUCAAAUGUAGUCCAUAUAGAAAAGCAGUUCAAGUUUUUAAAAACAGUUUUAUUGAGACAUAAUUCAUGUACCAUAUAGUUUACUAAUUAGAAAUGAACAUGUCAGUGGUUUGUUAGUAUAUUUGUGGAUAUGUGCAACUGUCACUACAGUAAAUUUUGGAAACAUUUUCUUAAAGGAAUCACAUAAUGGGUAGCCUUUUUGGUUUGGCUUUUUUCAUGUUUUUUAAAGGUUUAUUCAUGCUAUAGCAAUGUAUAGGUGUCCCUUUAAAAAAUUGUGGUAAAAGACACCUAGAAUUUCUGUUCCAGCCAUUUUUAGGUUUAUAGUUUGGUAGCAUUAAGCAUAUUUAUAUUGCUGUGCAAGCAUCACCAUUCAGAUUUUUAAAAUCUUCCCAAACCCAAACUCCAUUCUGCUUCUAUAGUAAUGUGUUUUUCCCUUCUGCCCUAGGCCUAGGCUAAAUUCCAAUUUUAGUGCGGUGUGGGUGAUGCAGGAAAGAGUUUUUAGGAAGCAGUAGUUAAGAAAAGCAUAAGAGGUCUCGAGCAGUGGUUCUUCAGAAUUUUUGGAUUGUGAACCACUUUGAAGAUACAAAGUCCACAGGAUCUUUUCCCUAGAAUAAUGCACAGAUGCUGAGUCCUGUGACACUUAUAAUGGUAACCUUUAUUUGAAAAUAAUGCUAGAUCUAUAGAAAAAUUACAGGUUCCUUAUAUUUUAUUUACCUAUUUUCCCCAUUGCUAGUAUCUUGUCAGGUACAUUUGCAAAGACUCAGAAAGAGGCCUCUAUAGGUUACUAUUACUGAAUUUUAGACUUUUUGAAUUUCAGUAACUUCCCUACUGGUACCUUUUUCCCAUGAUCUAAUUCAAGAUACUACACUGCAUUUAGUUAUUACAUGCUCCCAGUCUCCUCUAGUUUGUGACAGUUUCUCAGUUUUUUCCUCAGUUUUUGAUAGCCUUGACUACUACUAGCUAAGUUACUUUGUAGAAUGUUCCUCACUCUGGAUUCAUUUUUCUUGUCAUUAGUCUCGUAACUUUGCAUAUAAGUUUGGGUGUUACACACACCCUGGAGUAUAGGAACUAAAAGGGCAUGAUGGCUUUUUGUUGAAAUUAGUAGGUUGUAACUGAUAAGUGGGAUGCAGAAUAAAUGUGUUGUUACCAGAAUUUUUUAAUAUAACCAAAUGAUUAGAGUUAAUAGUGUACUGUAUUUUUGAAAAGAGAAAGGAUGUUAGACUGUCAGUACUUCAAAACAUGUUCAUGAUUAAAAAUAAUUGUCAGUUUUAAAAAGUAACAUGAGUGUUCCAUUCUAUAAAGAUUAGUGUUUUAAGUUUUGUUUCACUUAAUGUUUCUGUACUAGGUCUUUGUGUAAAAUGUGUUAGGCAGUUUUGGCUCCCAUGCCUUUCACCUCCUCCCCGUGUAAUGCCUAUUAACAAAAGAGCACAGUUACUAAUUGGUUAACUUUAAGAUAGACUGUACUGGAUUUUCUGGAAAGGCCCAAAAUAAUCACAUGAUCAUUCCUUGAAAGCAGGAGAAUUCUCCCAGGUAGAAAAGGACGUCAAAUCCAAACUUGAAGGGCUGCAACCUGCUGUUGCUGGCUUUAAGAUGCAGGGGCGGUGAGUAAGAUAUGAGCAGCUAAUAGAGCCAGGAAAGGCGAUGGCCUAUGUAGACACCGUCUCAGUCUUAUGACUACAGAACUGAAUUCCGCUAGUCACUUCUAAGGUGUUGGGCAUAGACUUUUCUGUGGAGUGUCGGAUACAAAGCCCAGGCCAGCUGACCUCUUCAUUAUGGCCUCCUGAGACCCUCAGUGGAGAACAGUGAUACUGUGCUAGGUCUCCGACCUGUGGAACUGCGAGGCCGUAAAUGAGUAUUAAGCUGCUAACCUUGUGAUAAUUUAUUAUGUCAGGAAUCAAAAACUGAGAGGACGUAUUUCUUAACUAGAGUCAUGGUUAAAAAUUGGAAAAUCCUAGAUAGGGGUCAGGAGGCUUCAGUUCUCCUGUACUUGAUUAGUUCAGAUGAUGUAUGAAUCACUUGCUUUUCUGACCUUUCUUUUGUGAGUUGAAUGGGUUAUCCUAAAGUUUCUUCCAUUUGACAUCUUUUAGGAACUUUUUUUUUUCAUCAAAAUAUAUCCCCUUUAGUAUGUAGCUCUAUGGGUCUUAACAAAUACAUACGGUCAUUUUUAUUAUCAAAGUGUUAUAAAAAUUUGCUUAGUAUUUAAAACAUUAUUACAAUAAAAGAUACAUUGCUUUAACCUCUUUGAAAACACUCCUCCUUGCUUUAUAUACAUCCCAUCAUUUUUGCCACUUUAAAAAAAUUUUUAAACUUUAAUUUUAAAGGGAAUAAAAGAGCAAUAAAAUGAAUCAAAAAGUGAUAAGAGUAAGAUAUCUACUAUAGUUACUGUAUUGCAUAUUGUUGUUCUCUAAAUAGCUUAAGGCUUUCAGUCAAUCAAACAAUACAGUUCCUCCAAAUCAGCUGGUUUAGGGAGGAUGGAGGGAAGACCCACGGAGACUGCUGACACCAUUCUCCUCGCCCCAGCCUUCCAGGCCAGCUCACAGGCGGGGCUUAGCUUCCUUCCUCUUCUCCCCAACUUCUUGAAGCAGUUCUGGAAGUCCCCUUUUCUGAGUGUCUUUUGUUAUGCUGUUGUGAUUGUCUAAAUGUCCCAAAGCAAUUCAAAACCUUUACCUUUUGUGGUAGAAGUUUUGACUUUGAGGAAGAGUCAGAAAUCCCACUUGCUAGACCUGGUGAAUGGGGCAGAUGAGGAAAUGCUUUCAUUGGACAGAUUUGCUAUAAACACUUUGAAUCUAUUCAGAACAUUGAAGUGGCACAGGAAGACAAAAGCAGUCCAGGACUGCUUCAGAAAGUGGGAAGGAUGAUGGGGUAAGUGGGUUUAAAGUGAGAGGGGAGUAUUUUGAGGAGAAUUAAUGGCAGCAUGUCUUUUUUUUUAGUAAAUUUUUUUUUAAGAGUAGGAAAAAUGUAUUUAGAGAAAGCAAGCUUCCGUCUUAGGAGGAACAAAAGGGGGCCUGAAAAGUGGGUUGCCCGUAUAGUAAAUUUUUAAGUAUUCAUCAUAGAUUUUGGUCACACCAACCAAGUAGAAUGCUUCAUGGUUUCUCUUAUAGGAGAGGCACAAAACAUAAAUAAAGAGCAAAAUAAAAGAUAAUAGAAAGUAGAGAGGCGAUCACAAGUGGGAAAGAGGUCAAGAGAGGGAGAGGAAAAGAUGAAAAGAAUUAAGGUGAGUUGCACACAUGUACCAAUCCCUCAUGAAGAAUAUAAACAUCUACUGCAAGCAUGUACUAAUAAGUAAAAAGAAUGCCCAAUCUAUAAAAAUUCUUCAUACAAUUCCUUUCUGGUCAACCCCUCCCACUAACCCUACCCCUGGUGUCACUGAUCUAUUUAUUGUUUCUAGUUUUGCUUUUCCACAAUGUCAUGUAAAUUGAAUCAAAUAACGUGGCCUUUUGAUUCUGGCUUCUUUAAUUUAGAAGGUUUGAGGUUAACCCAUGUUGAGUCACUAGUUUGCCCCUUUUUAUUGCUGAGUAGCAUUUCAUUGUAUGUAAUUUGUGUAGUCUACCCACUCAUCAGCCCUCGGACAUUUGGAAAUUUUCAGCUUUUGAUAACUGAAUAAAGCCUCUGUGCAUAAGUUUUUGUGUAAA